AUGUAUGCGGUCGCGCGAGUUGCAACGCGCACGUUCAAGCCCAGCAUUUUCGUCGCAUUUCUCCUAGCGGCUGUUUUCAUCUACACGGCGACUUUUCAUUCGUCGACGUCUUGGUCUUGGCCGGGGGACUGUGUCUUCGCGCCACGACGACACAAGCAGCCAUUAGGUUGGAUGCCACCGGACAUCAAGCCGCUUGACCGCAAACAGUGCCGGCCAAACGAGACUCACUUUGCAGAGCUCAAAGAAAGGUACCAACUUCAAGAUGACUUCAAGUACGCCAAGCGUCUGGUGCAAUUCUCGCGAAACCCUCAGCUGCGGCGCGAGAGCCUCACCAAGCUCCCACAGCCCAUGUUUCCGUCAGGACGCAACUUGCCGUUGAAGUGGUCCCGGCUCGACCCCGAAAUCGACUUGUGCUCCGAUCCCAUCGAAGUGAGCGUUUCCGCAUCCAACUUUCCCCAAAAUGUCGAUGCCUCGGCCUUCAUCUUUGGGGUUUCAACCACCUAUCAACGCUUUGAGGAGAAUCGUACGCCGUACAUCAACGACUGGGCCUACUGGUUGACUGAUGGCGCCGGCCGAUCCAACGGCGGCACGCUGCUUCUGACGCUAUCAGACGCCACCGAUGAGCAGCUUCGAGUGGCCCGAAGAUUGCUUCGCCAGGUGGGCAUAGAUGCCGAUGUGCAGGCGUCGACGGCACCAGACAUGGCAGUUCGCUAUCUAUACCUGGUUCCUGCCAUGCUCUCCCACCGGAAGAGACUGGAAAAAAAAUGGUUUGUUCUUUGCGACGACGACACCUUUUUCCCCUCUAUGCAUGCUCUCGCGCAAAAGAUGGCCGAGUUUGACCACACCGCCGAAAUGUACAUCGGCGCCCUCUCAGAGGAGGUAUAUGCCGUCCUACGCCACGGACCACAAGCAUUCGGCGGCGCGGGCGUCUUCCUAUCCUACACCACCGCCCAGCGGGUCGCGGGAUUAUUUGACGAAUGCUCAUCAGCCGAGAAGCUGCACGAAGCAGAGGAGCAGGGCGACCGGCUACUGCUUCAGUGUAUAAGCCGAAACCCCGACGUGGUGCUCACCGCAUUGGACAAUCUCUGGCAACUCGACAUGUCCGGCGAUCCUGCGGGUUUCUACGAAUCGGGGAGACAACCGCUCUCCCUCCAUCACUACCGGAGCUGGCACCACGCCGUCCCCGGGCACAUGGCCACGGUUGCCUACGCGUGCGGCGAGGACUGCAUCCUGCAGCGGUUCCAAACAACAGACGACUACAUUAUUUCCGGGUACUCGAUCGCGUCGUAUCCCCACGGCAUCAAGUUUGCCGCGCACCAGAUUGAGUCUACGUUUCGCACCGUGUAUACAAACGAGGGGGGCAGCUUUGAUUACAAGUUUGGUCCGCAGCGGCCAUCGCUACUGGGAACGGGGCGCAAGGACGCUUGGGAGUUGAGAGAGUCGGCGCGUCAGGAAGACGGGUCCAUCUUGCAGACUUAUGUGCGAAAAGGCGAUGACCCCCGGUGGGUCGACAAGAACAAUGUCCCUCUGGAUAAAGAUGACGGAGUUAUCGAGUUGCUUUGGACGUCGGCUAUAUUUUCGCGCUAG